AUGUCGAUGAACAACGAAGAGAAUGUAACUCCUGUACCCAAGAUCAACAUAGUUUUACGUCGAAACACUUCUGAUCCACCAUCCACACAAAGUGUUAACACUUCUGUGCCUAAGAGAACUUCAUUUAAGAUAAGGGAAUUCUGCAAGCGUUGCUUCAUUUGCAAAAAGCGCCCCGGAGAAAAGAUCGAGAUCAUUGAAUACAGUUUUAUGUUCUACUGCAGUGAUUGUCUAAAGGACAAAAUGUACAAAGACGCUAAAGAAAAUUACUUUGAGGUGAAGAAUAAAAAGAGAGGCCGCAAGGAUUAUACACCAAAGAAGUUCAUCAUUGGAAAAGUUGAUGAAUGAUUAUGCUUUUUAGGAUUUUCUUAAUUUAACUUGUUAUAAAUGAUGAUGAAAUAAUG